AUGCGCUUGCUGUGGACUUUAUCGGCACUAGCCCUCUCUGCCAAAGCCACCAAGACAACAGGAUGUCCUCUUCUGGGACCGGCAUUUCCUGCCCCUACUGCUCUGUCAAAGGAUCCCAUUUUUAUCAGCAAAGCCGAGGAGUUGACUUCAAAGCUCAAUAAAGCCAUCGAGGAUGGCAGCCUACCUUCUAUAUCGUUUGCAGCGCAGGUCUAUAGCAGUGAAGAGGAAGAAUCGGCAUUCCAGUUCUACCACACAGAUGAUCCAGUUAAGUUUGGAUCUGUGGGGGUUCAAAAGGUAGACGAGGAUACCAUGUUCCGCAUUGGUAGCAUAUCAAAGCUGUGGACCAUGUUUCUUUUCAUGACUUUGGAAGGAACACGGUACUUCCAUGAGCCCAUUUCGAAAUACGUGCCUGAGCUGCAAACAAAGUACAGGCCAAAACAAGCAAAGGAUAAAAUCAAUUAUUUGCAAUGGGGCGAUGUGACUAUUGGUGAGCUAGCUAGUCACCAAGCUGGCCUUGCAAGAGACUAUGCAUUUGGAGAUCUUGGAUUCAAGUCAGAUCUUCUCCAAACCCUGGGGUUCCCCCCACUUCCAGAAAAGGAGCAACUGACCUGUGGGAGUGAUUAUCCUUGUGAUAGGAAAGAUCCCUUGACUUCGACCUCACAGACACCGAUAUACUCGAACGCAGGAUAUCAAAUUUUGGGCUAUGCACUAGAGUCAAUCGCAAAAGGCGACUAUGAAGAUAUAUUGAUGGACCGUCUCAUCAAGCCCCUUAACUUGACUCGGUCCUGUCUUCAAGUCCCAGACCCCAGCUUGGCAGUGAUUCCCUACAAUGAGACUUUCAGUUGGUUUGGUUAUGAAAUCGGCGAAGAAGCCCCUGCUGGAGGGAUAUUCUCUUCCGCAAAAGAUAUGGCCACAUUUGGCCGUGCCGUUCUUUCUAGUAGUCUAGUUGACCCUGCCGUGACUAGACGGUGGCUGAAGCCGAUAACACACACAUCAUCCUUGCAAAAUUCCGUGGGCGCUCCCUGGGAGAUCUAUACCUUUUUGAUACCUCGUCGAGUGGACUUGUACGUUAAAUCUGGGGACAUCGGACUGUACUCCAGUUCCAUGGGUCUUUCACCAGAUCACAAUGCCGGAAUCACGGUCUUAGUUGCCGGUGGGAACUCUCACAUGAUGACAUCGACAAUCACUGAGAUGGUUUCCGAUAUUAUGCUUCCCGCACUUGAUGACGUCGCCAGAAAUCAAGCUCUUGCACGCUUCGGGGGUACAUAUGCCUUGACGAAUGACUCCUCCAAUUCGUCAAUCACCAUCACAGCCGAUGACGGGGCUGGCUUGGUAGUCUCAGCAUGGAUCAGCAACUCGGUUGACAUGAUCGAGACUUUGAUGAGUUUGCAAGGAGUAACAGAUCGCUCAGGGAUAAGCAUUCGUCUGCAGCCUAGUGGCCUCGAGACCCCAGGGCGGAUAUCCUUCUUGGCUGUUAUCUAUACUCUUGCUAUGCCAUCAGAUGCUGGGCCUCUUGUUGGGUCCUGCUUUUCGUGGAUUCUGCUUGACUCCAUGGUGUAUGGCAACGUGGGUCUCCCAGAGUUCGAGUUCGCAUUGGAUCAUGAUGGGGAUGCUACGAGCCUAUCCCCCCGGGCACUGCGCGUUACUCUUUCUAGAGUUUAA